CACAGCAGGUUGCCUGAAAUAUGUUUCACUUACUUUCACUAUAACUUGUCAACAAAACCUUUAUCGCGAGUUUAACGUAGUUGAGCUGAUUUUAAUGUAUUGAUGGAUGGAGAGAAUUGAAUGUUAACGAAACAUUUGCUUGUAUCUUCCUACAACAUAUUCAUUUGGAAAAUAUCCACUUUUUGAAAGGUACUGUGCACUGUGGCCCGUCCACGCAUAUCUAAUUACAAAACAAGCUCUGAAGAUCUGCGGUAGGCACCAGAUUUUAUCUGUUUUACAUUUUAAAACGAAGCUUUUCUAAGUAGAUUUUGCAGACCAUUUCGUUUUAAAAUCAAAACCGUGGACUUUAACAAGUCGUGUAAAGAACCCGACUACAAAUAGAAAUGAAUGAUCAGAAUGAAAGAACAAUUUUGGUGUCUGGUUUACCUGAUAGUGCGACAAGCAAACGGGUGACGAUGCACUUUCAAAAGACAAAAAAUGGUGGGGGAGAUAUUAAGGAAGUGAAGAUGCUUGGUCAGGGGAAUGCAAGAGUUACUUUUGUGGAUCGUACAGUGGCAAAGCGUGUUUUAGAAGUCGAACAAAUCUUUGAAGCUACCAUUUUGAAUGUACAAUUGGAAGAAAAUGAAUUAUUUCAAAAUGUGGAAAUUGGCAAAAGAAAGGUUCUUGUGUCUGGCCUUCCUGAGGAUAUUACAGAAAAUGCUGUUAAAAUUCACUUUCAAAAGAAAAGAAACAGUGGUGGAGAUGUCGAAAAAGUGAAUUUACUGAAAGAUGGUUUUGCUGAAAUUGUUUUCGAAAAAGCUGAAGUUGCCAGUCAGGUGGUUCAUACUCAGCAAAUAAUGAAAGGAAAGAUUUUGAACGUCGAACUUAUGGAAAAUGAAACAUUUGAAAGGGAAGAAAAUGAUGUUUACGAGGAAACGUCAGACAAGAUUUCUCGUUCAGUUGUUGUGUCUUCUCUUCCUGAAGGAGUUAAAAAAAACAAUCUCCAUAUUCAUUUUCAGAAGAAAAAAAAUGGAGGAGGGGAUAUUUCUGAAGUUCAAAUUUUUCCUGAUAAAAAUCAAGCCCUUGUUGUGUUUGAUGAUAUUCAAGUGGCAAGGAGGGUUGUGAAAACUGAGCAAACAAUUUGUGGAAAGGUUCUAAAGCUUGAGCUUCAAAGUGAUAUUUUAUCCAAAACAAAUGCAGAAACCUCGGAAGAAAAUGUGGAAGAAAGGGUUCUUGUAUCUGGCCUUCCGGAGGAUGUUACAGAAAAUGCUGUUAAAAUUCACUUUCAAAAGAAAAAAAAUGGUGGUGGUGACAUUAAAGAAGUGAAUUUGCUUAAAAAUGGUUUUGCUGAAAUUGUUUUCGAAAAAGCUGAAGUUGCCAGUCAGGUGGUUCAUACUCAGCAAAUAAUGAAAGGAAAGAUUUUGAACGUCGAACUUAUGGAAAAUGAAACAUUUGAAAGGGAAGAAAAUGAUGUUUACGAGGAAACGUCAGACAAGAUUUCUCGUUCAGUUGUUGUGUCUUCUCUUCCUGUCGGAGUUAAAAAAAACAAUCUCCAUAUUCAUUUUCAGAAGAAAAAAAAUGGAGGAGGGGGUAUUUCUGAGGUUCAUAUUUUUCCUGAUAAAAAUCAAGCCCUUGUUGUGUUUGAUGAUAUUCAAGUGGCAAGGAGGGUUGUGAAAACUGAGCAAACAAUUUGUGGAAAGGUUCUAAAGCUUGAGCUUCAAAGUGAUAUUUUAUCCAAAACAAAUGCAGAAACCUCGGAAGAAAAUGUGGGAAAAAAGGUUCUCGUGUCUUGCCUUCCGGAGGAUGUUACAGAAAAUGCUGUUAAAAUUCACUUUCAAAAGAAACGAAAUGGUGGUGGUGACAUUAAAGAAGCGAAUAUGCUUAAAAAUGGUUUUGCUGAAAUUGUAUUUGAGAAAGCUGAAGUUGCCAGUCAGGUGGUUCAUACUCAGCAAAUAAUGAAAGGAAAGAUUUUGAACGUCGAACUUAUGGAAAAUGAAACAUUUGAAAGGGAAGAAAAUGAUGUUUACGAGGAAACGUCAGACAAGAUUUCUCGUUCAGUUGUUGUGUCUUCUCUUCCUGUCGGAGUUAAAAAAAACAAUCUCUAUAUUCAUUUUCAGAAGAAAAAAAAUGGAGGAGGGGAUAUUUCUGAAGUUCAUAUUUUUCCUGAUAAAAAUCAAGCCCUUGUUGUGUUUGAUGAUAUUCAAGUGGCAAGGAGGGUUGUGAAAACUGAGCAAACAAUUUGUGGAAAGGUUCUAAAGCUUGAGCUUCAAAGGGAUAUUUUAUCCAAAACAAAUGCAGAAACCUCGGAAGAAAAUGUGGAAGAAAGGGUUCUUGUAUCUGGCCUUCCGGAGGAUGUUACAGUAAAUGCUGUUAAAAUUCACUUUCAAAAGAAACGAAAUGGUGGUGGUGACAUUAAAGAAGUGAAUUUGCUUAAAAAUGGUUUUGCUGAAAUUGUUUUUGAGAAAGCUGAAGUUGCCAGUCAGGUGGUUCAUACUCAGCAAAUAAUGAAAGGAAAGACUUUGAACGUCGAACUUAUGGAAAAUGAAACAUUUGAAAGGGAAGAAAAUGAUGUUUACGAGGAAACGUGUGACAAGAAUUCUCGUUCAGUUGUUGUGUCUUCUCUUCCUGAAGGACUUAAGGAACACGAGCUUCAUAUUCACUUUCAGAAGCAAAAAAACGGCGGUGGUGAUAUUUCUGAAGUUCAUAUUUUUCCUGAUAAAAAUCAAGCAUUUGUUGUGUUUGAUGAUAUUCAAGUGGCAAGAAGGGUUGUGAAAACCGAACAAAGAAUACAUGGAAAUAUUCUUAAUCUCGAACUCCAAAAUGAUUUUUUAUCAAAAACAAAUGAAAUAACUACAAAAGAAAGAACGAUCAUUAUCUCAGAUCUACCAAACGAUUUCACCGAAAAUGAUGUAAAAUUUCACUUUGAGAAAAAACAACAUGUCGACGAAGACCUGGGAAGGAAAGUCGAAGUUUUAUUAUCGGAAGCACGGCAUUAGUUGUAUUUGAAAAUGGUGAAGUCUUUUUAAUUUAUAACAGACGCCAAAAAAGCUGCUGAAACUCCACAAAUCGUGAGAGGGGAGACGCUUGACGUAAAUCUGUUCAAGGAGCAAAAUUUAGCAGAUGAAUUGAUUAAAAAAUAUGAUCAGAAUAGCCAUGAAACGAUGACAUCAACACAUAGCAUUGAAAAA